GCCCUGCCAUUUCAGCCAACAUCCCCAAACCAGCCACUCUUCUCCUCCUCCUGUCCUCCUCCUGUUCUCCUCCUCCUCCACUCCUCCUCUCAACUCUCCAUCCAGGCAAAACGGACACCACCCACACAGUUGGAGUAAAAACAGAGGGAGACAGAAAGAAACAACAAGAAGAAAAGAGGAGACCAGAGGCCAGACAAAGUACUUCUCAGCCUGUUUCCUGGACCAGCGAAGCUCUGCUGGGGGCAAACAGGAAGACAUCCCAUCUCCCUGCAGCCGGCCAGCCCCAACAACCGUCUGUCUGCUUGUCUGUCUGUCCUGAGAGCACACAGCAGGGAUGAUGGAGCACUUCUGAGUUUUGGGGAAGACAGCUGAAUGCAUCUGGCACAGGAGAGAUACAGGACUACACUGGAGGAUACACAGCAGCCAGACAGAAGCCUAGUGUGUUUUUAACAAAUCGAGAGAGAGAAAAAGAACGAAAAAGAGAGAGAGAGAGAGAAAGAGAGAGAGAGAGAAGAGAGAGAGAACAACCGAGUCAACAGAGACUAAGACAGUAGGUGCACACUCACCGGACACACCUUCCCCCCCCCUCAACCAUCACCUCUCCCCCUCCUCCCCCCUGCCCGACAUGGGCCUCCCCCUUGCCCUGACCCUCACCUACCUGGUCUACCUGUCGGCUGCGGUGAUUGGUUCAGAGCGGCGCCCACAUCGUGUGCAGCACGGCCCCUGCAGCUACACCUUCCUGCUGCCCGAGGUCGACCACUGCUCGCCCCUCAAGGACUUCCGGGUCACCAACUCCCUCCAGAGGGACUCUCCCCCAGCCCCGGACCCAGGACCAGGCCAACCUGAGGGGGGUGGUGGCCAGCCACGGCCCUCCUGGGACCAGAGAAAGCUGGAGGUCCUGGAGAGCGCCACAGAGAAUAACACACUGUGGCUGCAGAAGCUAGAGAACUACAUCCAGGAAAACGUGCGUUCCAGGAUGGAAGAGAUGAAGAGCAACGCCGUCCACACCCAGACGGCGGCCAUGUUGGAAAUGGGAACCAACCUCUUGAGCCAAUCAGCUGAGCAGACCCGCAAACUGACGGAUGUGGAGACCCAGGUGUUGAACCAAACCAGCAGGCUGGAGAUCCAGCUGUUGGAGCACUCUCUGUUCACCAGCCGCCUGGAGAACCACAUCCUGCUGCAGACCCAGGAGAUCUCACGACUCAACCACAAAAACAAUCUCCUGGAGCAGAGGGUCUCCUCCGUGGAGGCCAGGCACCAGAGGGAGCAGCAGGACAUGAUGGAGCUGGUGGAGAGGCAGAGCUGGCUGGUGGGGCAGCUGCAGGCUGGGCUGGGGGCGUCCAGCCACAACAGCAGCCUGCUGCAGAGACAGCAGGCCUCCCUCACAGACACCGUGCAGCAGCUCCUGGCUCUGGUCACACACUGCAACGAAAUCUCCAGCCCUCCUAGAGAGGAGGGGUCCAGUCUGAGGGACUGUGCUGAGCUCUUCAGGUCAGGGGUCACAGAGAGCGGCGUCUACAGCAUACGGCUCCCCAACUCCACACGCACCGUCAAGGUGUUUUGUGACAUGAAGACGAGAGGAGGAGGCUGGACGGUUCUCCAGCAUCGCAAAGACGGAUCAGUGGACUUCCAUCGCGGCUGGAAGGACUACAAAACUGGUUUUGGGGACCCCUCUGGAGAGUACUGGCUGGGGAAUGAUGUCAUCCACCAUGUGAGCAUCUCCCAGGAGUACAGUCUGCAUGUCCUGCUGCAGGAUGGAGAGGGGAACCAAGCCUACUCACACUACGACCACUUCCACAUAAAUGGAGAGGACAAGAACUACAGCCUCCAUACCCAGGGCUUCAGUGGCACAGCGGGCAAAACCAGCAGUCUGACCCACCCUGGUACCCCGUUCAGUACUAAAGACAGGGACAACGACCGCUGCAGCUGUAAGUGUGCCCAGAUGGCAUCAGGAGGUUGGUGGUUCGAAGCCUGCGGGCCGUCCAACCUCAAUGGGAUCUUCUACCCCGGAGUCUCCAACGUGGUUCGCUACAACGGCAUCAAAUGGUACUACUGGAAGGGCCCGGGUCUGAUGGCUACUAUGACGACCAUGAUGGUCCGCCCUGCAGACUUUUGAUGGCGCCGGCUGAUGAUGUCACACCGUGCAGCGGUGUCUCAUAUUGAACAUUUUCUGGAAGGGAAAGGGGAUGAGAAGCCAGGUGUAGGAGUAAAUGAGGACUGGAGAUGCACAGGAGACUGUAAGAACACACUGUUGUUUCUGGUCAUUAGUGAAAGUCCAGAGUCUCCCUUAUUUAUUCUUCUUUGGUUCCUCAACAUAACUUUCCUGUUGUUUGAAUAUUUCGAACAAGUCUAUGAAUGCUGCCAGUUGCACCGCAGAGAUUCUCAUAAACCUUUUUAUUUCUAUGAGAUUAACCUCCUCAUGAUAAAUCAAAGCUGGCGUAUUUUUACAAGUUUAUUUACUAUCCAAAGC